AUGGUCGGCGCGUUCCCGGGCAUGGCCGACGACUUCGAGAACGAGAAGCUGCUCGGGAGCCUGCUGGAGCAGGGCAUCACGACGUUCGUCUGCCUCCAACGGGAGUACGACCCGCGCGCGCCCGAGGCCAAGUGGCGGUCCGGCGUCGCGAUCCGGCCCUACUACGAGGACGCCGUGGCGUUGGCCGGCGCCUUCUACCCCGGGCGGCGGCUCCAGUUCCUCCACUUUGGCAUCGAGGACUGCUCCGUCGUCGAGGACGACGCCGUCACCGACUUCGCCGUCGCGCUCGCGCGGCGCAUCAAAACGACGAACGAGGUCGUCUACCUCCACUGCUGGGGCGGCCACGGCCGCGCGGGCACGGUGGUCUGCCUCCUGCUCCACUUCCUCUACGACCAGGACGCGGCGUCGGCGAUGAUGCGGUGCCAGUUCGUCCACGACCUCCGCCGCGUGCCCAUCGUCGUCGGGUCGCCGCAGACGCAGACGCAGCGCGACCAGGUGAGCCGCGUCAUCGCGCGGUCCAUCGUGUCGCGCAAGGUCGCCGCGGCCGCGGCCGCGGAGCGCGCCGCGCACGACCUGGCGGUGGAGGAGCAGCGCGCGGCGGCGACGCGGCGCGCGUCGUCGCAGCAGAAGCACACGGCGGGCGCGACGCCGUCGGGCCCGGCGCGGCGCGCGUCCAACGCGCCCCACUCGGGGCCCACGCCCGCGGCGACGCCGCGCGCGCCCGCGGACGCCGCGCGGCCGCCCGAGGGCGUGUCGCUGCCGCGGCUCAUGACGUCCGUCGCCGUCACCCAGGGCGCGCACCCGAAGAAGGCCGACGAGGUCAUGGCGCCCGCGCGCGCGUCGCCGCGCGCGGAGCCGACGACGGCGCGCGUCGCCUCCGCGGCGGAGGUCUCCGGCGUCGUGCCGCGCCAGCCACCGGGCAUCAAGCCGGGCAAGCAGAUGCGCGCGCCGCGGCCCUCCGCGGCGGCGAGCCGGCCCGCCGGCGGCCGCAAGAUCGUGAGCCAGCCGCUCAAGCAGCACCAGGCCGCGCAGGCGGCCGCGGGCCACCCCAUCGUGCCCCAGCCGCCGAGCCGGCCGCCGCCGUCGAACCCCGGCGGCGCCUCGUCCUAG